AUGAAUGUUCUCUAUUGGAAUGUUCGCGGUAUUGGUAAUUCCGAUACUCGGCUUGCUUUAAAAAAUUUAUUUUUGUCGCAUAAACCAACUAUUAUUUUUGUGGCGGAACCAAUGGUUAGCUUUGCUCAAAUUCCUUCUUGGUAUUGGCCUUCGAUAGGAGUUACAAAAUAUUGCAUAAAUGACAGAGGUACUUCUAUUCCUAAUUUGUGGGCACUUUGGGGUAAUGAUGUGAUUGCAACUGUUAUUUUUGUUUCUGUCCAAUGUAUAGCUUUGGAGAUUUCUUGCUUUAAUUCAACUGUUUAUUUGGCUGCCAUUUAUGCACAUAAUUAUUAUGUUAAACGGCGUGAACUUUGGGCUGAUCUUACUAACCUCCAAGGAUGUUUCCAAGGUCCGUGGCUUUUUGUGGGUGAUUUUAAUUGUAUUUUAGGUGCUCACGAAAAACAGGGCAGGCACCCUCCGCCACCUUUGUCUUGUGAAGAUUUCUUAAACUGGACGAAUUCAAAUGUUUUAAAUCAUCUUCCUACUUUGGGAUCUUUUUUCACUUGGUCUAAUGGUCGUUUCGGCAUGGAAAAUGUGGCCCUUCGCCUAGAUAGGGCAGUUUGUAAUGAGGCUUGGGUGAAUUUUUGGCGCCAAUCUACUUGCUUCGCUUUAGUUCGACAUCAGUCUGUUCACCAUCCUAUUUUGCUCUCCCUUAUUUUCUCCUCUGUUCAACACGCCAGCCCUUUCAAAUUCUUUAAGGUUUGGACAUCCCAUGUGGACUGUCGGAAAUUGGUGACUGAAGUUUGGUCUAAGGAGGUUAGAGGUAGGGGUAUGUUGAAAUUACAGGCUAAGUUACGAAAUAUUAAAAAUUCUUUUAAGGCUUGGAAUCGCAAUGUUUUUGCUGAUGUGGAUAGACAAGUGAGACUAGCGGUGGAUGAAGUGAAUCGUAUUCAACUUUUAAUUGACACUGAAGGAUUUUCUGAUACUCUUUAUUUGCAGGAUUUAGAAGCACAAAUGCUCUUAACAAAUGCCUUAAAUGUACAGGAACAAUUUUGGAAAGAGAAGGCGCGCAACCAGCAUUUUAUCAAUGGUGACCGUAACACUGCUUACUUUCACAGAGUAUCUAAAAUCCGGGCAGCCACCAACUCUAUUUCUUUGUUGCAAGAUGGUGAUAAUAUUCUCUAUGAGCCUGCGGAUAUCGAGGUGCAUAUUCUAUCUUACUUUCAGGGUAUUUUCAGCAUGGAUAAUAACUGUGGUCAAAAUACUUUAGUGGAUGAGACCAUUCCGGCGCUAGUUACGGAAGAGGACAAUCAAAUGCUUAUGCGUUUUCCUUUGUCGAGUGAAAUCAAGGCAGCGGUUUUUGCUGUGCUUAAUAACUUCGGUUUCUCUGCUACUUUCAUCAACUGGAUUCUUGCUAUUCUACAAUCUGCUCGUUUAUCUAUUUUAAUUAAUGGUAACGCGGUUGGAUUUUUCUCUGUCUCCCGUGGGGUUCGGCAGGGGGAUCCUCUUUCCCCUCUUUAUUUUGUCUUGCAGAGGAGGUUGAAGAGUAAUAUUAGAGAGCUUCUCCGUAUUUUUCAGAGAUACUCAGAGGUGUCUAGUCAGGUUAUAAACAACACAAAAAGCAGGUUCUAUACAGGAGCUUUGUCGGGCACUCGGACACACAUGAUUGCUUCUUUGCUGGGUUUCUCGGUGGGAACUGUACCUUUUCAGUAUCUUGGUUGCAAUAUUUUCCAAGGGAAACCAAAAGCAAUUCACUUCCGUGGGAUUAUAGAUAAAAUUAAAAAUAAAUUGGCAACUUGGAAAGGUCGAAUUUUGUCAAUUAUGGGAUGGGUGCAGCUAGUUAAAUCAAUAUUUCAUGGAAUGCUUGGGUACUCUUUUCAUGUGUAUCUCUGGCCUAGAAGGUUAUUGCAGCUUCUGGACUCGUGGUUAAAAAAUUUCAUUUGGAGUGGUGAUGUUCAUACCAGGAAAGUAUGCACGGUGGCUUGGAAAGUUUUGUGUCGACCUUCGAAUGAAGGUGGGCUGGAUAUCAAGCCUACGCGUUUGAUUAAUGAAGUGCGAAUUCUUAAACUGUCUUGGGAUUUACUUGCUAUGGAUUCUCAAUGGUCUAACCUCUUAAAACGGCGGUAUUUCUCCAAUGGUACGCCCAGCUCGCGUUACUUUAAAUCCUCAGUUUGGUCAGGUAUUAAGGAGUUUAUAGGAACGGUCUUAGUGAACUCUUUAUGGAUAGUGGGCAGCGGUGAUAGCAUCAAUUUUUGGACUGAUAAUUGGUUAGGUGCUCCGUUGGUGGACUUGUUGAAUUUAGAUAAGGAAUUUCACGGUCAUCUCACAGGUAAACUUUCUGAAGCUAUUAUUAAUGGUGCCUUGUUAUUGCCUACGACUAUAGCAGCUUCUAGUGACAUUUAG